AUGGGAGGCACUCUGUCCUCCAUUCCUUCUACAUCCUUGAAUGAGGAUGAAAUGAAUGAAUGUUACCCAGAUCCGUCGUACCCCAAACUAAAAUUCCAAAGUAUUGUUCAGAACGGUGAUGACUGGGGCUCAGGUGUGCACCGUAGUCCUGCUUCUGUAAACGGAGUACCAAUAUGGCCCACACAUCUCGCUAGCUACGCUCCCGAGCGGAGUACUUUGUACCACAACUUCCAAAUGGCGCUCGCUGCUUAUCCCGAGAAGAACUUCCUGGGGCAGAGGAGCAUUCUGCCAGACAACUCGUCAGGUCCAUACAGGUACAUUACCUACGCGGAAGGUGGAAAAAUUGCGGACGAGAUCGGUGCAGGUUUACUAUGUCUGGGAGUUGAACCAAGACAGCGAGUUGGGAUCUACUCAAAGAACAGAAUUGAAUGGACCCUGGCGGAGACUGCUUGCAAUCUACACAGUAAUCCAACAGUUGCAUUAUACGACAGUUUUAAAGACAUCGAUUAUAUAAUACAGCACUCUGAAAUGGUUGCAAUAUUUUUUGGCGAGGACCAAAUACAGGACGUACUGCUAGCGUGCCAAAAGACAAUCGACCACCCUCACCUACAACUUGCAAUCUGUUUCGAUGAUAUCGCGUCGAGUAGAUUGAGAGCAGACUUUGCUCGAGUGAAUGUGCAUCUAACAACACUGGCAGAUAUUCUGCUUUUGGGAGAGGGAAGUGAGAUACCUCACACAAUCCCAGCUGCCGAAGACGUUGCAAUAGUAAUGUACACAAGCGGGUCCACUGGCGAUCCUAAAGGAGUCGAAAUCACCCAUGGGAAUAUAAUGGCAAGUCUUCGAGCGUUGGAACUGAACCUCGAAAUAAGCUGUGAUGACGUCCAUAUAUCGUUUUUACCACUGGCGCAUGUCUUCGAGCGACUUGUACAGGCUUUCUGUAUACAUUACGGAGCAGCAGUUGGUUUCUACGAAGGCCACAUACCAAAUCUCAUCGCUGACAUUCAGGAGCUUCGACCCACUUUCUUAAUAGCGGUUCCAAGGGUACUCAACCGCAUCCACGACAAAAUUCAGCAAGGAAUUAGUGCUGCUAGCUUUCCCAAACGCUUUCUGUUCAAUAUCGCGUUCCGUUUACGCGAACAAGCCUUGCUGGCAGGGCUAGACACUCCUCUAUGUAACAGAGUUGUGUUCUCCAAAUUCCGCGAAAUACUUGGCGGUAGAGUGAGGUUUAUAGUGUCUGGUUCCGCCCCUCUCGAUCAGGAAGUUCAUCGAUUCUUACGGGUGUGCCUCUGCCCUUGUAUCAUGACCGGAUACGGCUUGACUGAGACUACCGCAGGUUUAACAUGUGCACAUCCGAAAAGUGUAACUUUAGGCCACUGUGGGGGUCCGCUUCCAGUUUGUGAGGUCAAAUUGAUAAGUGUUCCCGAGAUGUCGUAUGAGACAGACAGCGAUCCUCCCAGAGGAGAGAUCCAUGUGCGAGGCAAUAAUGUGUUCAAAGGAUACUUAAAGGACGAAUACCAGACGAUGAGAGUCUUCGACCGCGAUGGUUGGUUCUGCACUGGCGAUAUCGGAGAGUGGAAUAGAGAUGGCACGCUCUCAAUCAUCGACCGGAAGAAAUCUAUUUUCAAGUUGUCACAGGGGGAGUACUUGUGUGCGGAGAUGCUAGAGUCGAUGUAUAGUAAGUGCCCAUUCAUCGCUCAGAUUCUAAUUACAGGAGACUCAUCUCGCUCAUACCCCGUGGCUGUUGUUGUGCCGGACGAGGAGCUGGUCAUUGAAUGGGCUAGGUACAACAAUAAGGUUGGCGACUUCAACACAUUCUGUGCUGCUCCUGAGCUUCGUGACCUUCUUUUGCUACAACUAGACGCCAUGCACAAAGAGGGUGGUCUCAAAGGCUUCGAACGAGUACCGCGUAUUAUUGUGGAGUCACAACUUUUCACAAUCGACAACGGUCUUCUCACGCCAACAUUGAAGUUGAAACGUAUCCCUGCUGCUAUGAAAUAUAGAGACGCGGUGGCGGAAUUGUACGAACAAAACGGGGGUGAUUAAAGGAACCAACACGAAUAGGUAAAUUACCAUCUCUUGCAACGACAAAGGCGAACCCAUACUCUACGACAGUGGAUUCAUGACUGUGGGCAUCCUGACAAGUCUACAAAAUAUACGCUCAAGUAUAGCAAUUAAACAC